AACGUCAGUUGUGUGUUUUGGAGAGGAGGUUGGAGGAAGAUGGCGGGGUCCAAGGUGAAGCAGGACAUGCCUCCUAAGGGAGGCUAUGCUGCCUUCGAUUACAAGAGAAACCUACCGAAGCGAGGACUUUCGGGAUACAGCAUGUUUGCCAUUGGUAUUGGUGUUAUGGUGUUUGGCUACUGGAGGAUUUUUAAGUGGAACAGAGAAAGGAGGCGGCUGCAGAUUGAGGAGAUGGAAGCAAGGAUAGCUCUAAUGCCCCUCAUGCAGGCAGAGCAUGACCGCAUGACUUUACGGAAGCUGAGGGAAAACCUAGAAGAGGAGGCAAUUCUCAUGAAGGAUGUCCCUGGUUGGAAGGUUGGUGAGAGUGUCUUCCACACAGACCGCUGGGUCACCCCUCUGCCGCAGGAGGUGUUCAACCUCCGACCACGUGAAGAGCUUUUGAACAAGCGUUUUGGUUUCUUGCGGUACGUGUAGUACCACUAAGAGUCCUGAGCUCCUUCACUUUCAGUACCAUAUGGACCUGAGACCCUGCUCAGGCCAUCUUGUAUAUGUUGAUUGUUCACUAUUAAAAUAUAAUUUUUCUGUACCUUA